UUUUCCAAAUUUAACCUUUUAAUCUUUAACGUCGGUCUCCGACGUGAAUUUACCUAUCGAUAAGCGCCGUCUAAACUUCCCGCCGAGACGCCGCCGAAAUUUUAUGCUUCGAGUCAUCUGACUCAAGUUAUGUCCUUGUCGAUGAACUAAAGAAGCAAGACUACGUUUUGGGUCAAUAAUCGAAGUCGCAGCCGGAUAUGUGGCAGUGGGAGAAUGCCACCGCCGGCGCCGUUGCCGGAUUUGCCACUGUCGCCUCCGUGCAUCCUCUAGAUGUCGUCCGCACCCGGUUUCAAGUUUAUGAUGGCAGAGGAUCGAAUCUCCCGACUUACAAGAACACGGUUAAUGCAAUCCUCACCAUUGCUCGGAUGGAGGGCUUGAGAGGGCUAUAUGCGGGCUUCUAUCCUGCAGUUCUCGGAUCAACUGUUUCUUGGGGUUUAUAUUUCUUCUUCUAUGGCAGAGCCAAACAAAGAUAUUCUGACUAUGGAAAGAAGAACUUGACUCCUAGUCUUCAUCUUGCUUCUGCAGCAGAGGCAGGAGCUUUGGUUUGUUUUUGCACAAAUCCAGUUUGGCUUGUGAAAACAAGAAUGCAGCUUCAGAAUCCUCUUCAUCAAGCUCAACCUUAUUCUGGGCUAUAUGAUGCCUUCAGAACCAUUUUGAGGGAGGAAGGUUUUGCUGCUCUUUAUAAAGGGAUUGUUCCUGGCCUCAUGCUGCAGGUUUCUCAUGGUGCCAUUCAAUUUACAGUUUACGAAGAACUCCGUAAAGUUAUUGCCAACUCGAGGUAUAAAGGAACCAGAGUGGAUGCUCAAAGUUCUGGGGAAUUACUGAAUUCGGUUGAUUAUGCUGUCCUUGGAGGAUCUUCUAAAAUUGCUGCCAUGCUUCUGACAUAUCCAUUUCAAGUUAUUCGAGCUCGAUUGCAGCAAAGACCAGGCAAUGAUGGUACACCUAGAUACAUGGAUAGUUUCCAUGUUCUUAAGGAAACUGCACGGUUUGAGGGUAUUCGUGGAUUUUACAGGGGAAUUACACCAAACCUUCUAAAGAAUGUCCCUGCGGCUUCAAUCACAUUUGUUGUGUAUGAAAACGUCUUAAAACUGCUCAAACUGACGACACAAAAGGAAUGAAACUCGCGGAUAUAUUGCUGUUUCUUCAUUGCAAAAAGCAGGUAAAACACACAGCAUUUCUUAACUAAAUCACUACCGAGGAGACGGUUUAAGGAUGAAAGAAUUUCCUUCAAGACUUGCUGAGCUCUCGAAUAAAUGGUCGCCGUCCGAUAGAACAACUUCAAGGUCAGAUAUGAGGCUCUUGAAUACAUCUCAUUGCACAUAUUUUUCCGUUCCUGCUGAUUCUUAUCCGAUAUCUUUAUCACCUACUGAAAAUUUUUGUUGGGAACUCUAGUUUUCUUCUUAUUAUUUUUUUAAUUCCUGCCCUGGUGCCAAAAGAUCCCAAUUCAUAUUCUCCGAAUGAAAUGAACAAGCUUCAUUUUUAAGCAAUUUUAGACACAUUGAGUUCAUAUUAUGA